AGGGGACUCGAGGAGCACAGAUAGAGAGAGAGAGAGAGAGAGAGAGAGAGAGAAGAAAGGAGAAGAAGAUAAGUGAAAGCGAGGAUUUUUUUGGCCAGUGAAGAAGAUCUUCAAAACUGUUGAAUCAGUUUUCCGCCUAUAUACAUAUAUAUAUAGAGGUCAGACCCUGCGAAUUCCGGUGGCGGCGGUUCCAUUUCCGGCGAAUCAUGUUAGGUUUCCGGUGAUGAGAGAUGAGAUUAGUCAUCUGGGUACAGCCGAUUUGGUGAGAGAAAAUAACAGGAGAGAUGGAUAGGAAUCGAGAAGCGAGGAGAGCAACCAUGGCGGCGACAAAUGGCUUGCCGAGAAGAAGACACAGAACCAGCAGUCUCAGAGAUUCUCCAGAGGAAGAUGGAGCGAUUGAGUUACAAGAGACGGCGAGGCUGAGGGAUCGAGGAAGCGGGAAGAAGGAUCGAGAUCGCGAUCGGGAUCGAGAGCGGGACCGCGACCGGGACCGAGACCGCGACAGAGAUCGGCUCAGCCGGAACAAGAGACGUAGAGGCGAUAGAUUGAUGCACGGGAACAGAGAGGAUGGUGGAGACGACAGCUCCGAGGAGAGCGUGAACGACGAGGAAGAGGACGAGGACGAAGACGGCGGAGGUGGCGUUGGUGUGGGAAGUGGCUCCGUAAGGAUGCUUCCUCCGCCGAACCCGACGGCGGCGGCGUCGUUGUCGUCUUCGUCUUCUUUUCUGAAUCAUCAGCGGAAGAGCUUCCCGCCGGCGAAGAAUUUUAGAGCAGCGCCGACGUUGAAGGCCGCCGAUGAGAUGAUUGGCGUUUUGGUGCCGAGGAAAGCACGGUCAGCUUCUACAAAGAGGUCGCAUGAAUGGAGUUCUUCAGGGAUUGGGAUUGUCGGGGAGCAAAUUCACCGACAGACUUCGACGUCGCCGGUCCGACCGAGCCUCUCGUCGGCACCACCGACGGCGUCGCAAGCUCCGGUCUCACCGUCUUCUUCCAAUGCUUCGGUUCGGAAGAAGCUGAAGCCCAACGGACCCAAACUCCGGCAGCCUAAGAUGCCGUUGAAGUCGUCUUCGUCGGCUCAGGACGAGAUCGAGAUAGAGAUCGCCGAGGUGUUGUACGGGAUGAUGAGGCAGCCCCAGGGACCGUCGAAGCAAGAAAUCAUGGCAAAUGAUUCAAUUAAGCUUGAAUCUAGAGAAACCAAUAACAAAUCCACCAGCGAUACGAACAAAUCCUCCGGUGAUGCCAAAUCCAGAGUCUCAUCUCCGAUCUCAAGCUCACAAUACGGCGUUCCUCAGUCCUCUUCGCGUUCUUCUCAGCCUGCUGGCGAACCCGCCUGGGCUUUGUGUGUUGCACCCAAGAGGAAGAAACCGCGACUGGUGAAGUAUGACGCCAAGUAUGAAGAGGCCAAGUCUUCACUUUUAACGGCUCAGAGCAAUCCCAUUUCGUCUGCAGCCAAGGUCCUGGCCGAUCAGCCGGCGAAAACCGAGGCUUCUUCGGGUACUUUGGAGAAAAUCGCAGGAUCUGCCGCUGAAAAUGGCGGAAUCGCCUCCGAUACUGCUCAAUCCCACGCCGUACAGGCACCGACGAUGGAGGCUCAGCCCGAGCCAAUGAAGGUAGAGAAUAACCUUGUCUCAGAUUCAAAGCCCGUCGCCGAGAAAUCGGAGUCUCGGGAUAUGGGACUUACCAAGGAUGAGCCUCAAUCGCCCAAAAAGGAAUCUCCUGGGCUUAGAUUGGAUGAUAAGCAUGAGAUUGUGACAGCUACUACUAAAUCGAAUUCAGCAAUCUCAGGGAUUGAGAACCAGCGAGAAGAAAAGUUCCAGAUAGAUCUGAUGGCCCCUCCUCCGUCUAGAUCGUCUCCAGAAAGAGAUAGUGAGAUUGAUUUUGUGGCUGUAGAUGCUAAACCUAUGGCAAUAGAUACAGAAACGGAAAUAAAGCCUGUGAUUAAAGAAGAUGCCAAGGCAUUGAAAAUCGGUAGAGAAGAGUCUGCAAAUGUGGAACCUGAGAAGACGAAAGCUACUACUACUACUACUACAAUACCAGUUGAAGAAGCUGAAUCCAAGAAGCCAGCUGUUGGAAAGGAGAGGAAUGUUGAUCUGCAGGUUGAAUUGGAGAAGUCUGAUGCUAGAGAUAGCAGCUCUGUUGGCGUUAGCGGAAACAAGCUUCACCAGCAUAUUCUCCCACCUAGGCAACAACACCACCAACAACAACAGAAUAAUAAUGAAAAAUCUGCUCAAUCUGGUGCUUUACCUUUGCCAAUGUCUAUGCCUGGAUGGCCUGGUGCGCUUCCUCAUAUGGGAUAUAUGGCACCUUUACAAGGAGUUGUAUCCAUGGACGGGACUGCCGUUUCUUCCGCUGCUAUACAACCACCACCUUAUCUCUUCACCCAACCUCGGCCGAAGAGGUGCGCGACGCAUUGCUACAUUGCGCGGAGCAUUUGCUAUCACCAACAGAUUGCGAGGAUGAAUUCCUUCUGGCCCGCAGCGGCAGCAGCUGGAUCUGGAUCUCUUUAUGGCGCUAAGCCCUGCAAUCUUAACGUUAUGCCCUCCACAGAUUUGCAUGCUAACAUUCCUGGCCGAGGAGGGGUGAACUCUGUUCAGGACAAAGGUCAAGGUCUCGCCAUGUUUCCUGGUCAUACUGGCAAGGACAAAGCUUCCCAGGCAGCCAACGUCGUGGAUUCUGCUCAGAGGAAGCAGAUUUUGGUUCAACAAGCUCUACCUCCUGGAGCACCUAGUAAUAUAUUGCAAGGCCCUGCUAUCAUCUUUCCUUUGAGCCAGCAACAGGCAGUUGCUGCUGCUUCUGUUAGGCCCGGGUCUGUGAAGUCUCCUCCAGCCGCUGGCAACGCAACUACCUCAACCGCACCUAAUUCGGCCUCGGUUACUGCCUCUGCGACAGCUGCAGCGGCAGCUCCGGCAAUGACUUUUAACUACCCAAAUAUGCCUGGAAAUGAAGCUCCUCAGUAUUUGGCGAUCAAUGCAUAUUCAUUUCCUAUACCUGCACAUGUUGGGGCACCACCGGCUUAUAGAGGAACACAUCCUCAGGCAAUGCCUUUCUUUAACGGGUCAUUCUAUUCUACUUUCCAUCCUCAGCUUCAGCAGCAGCAACCACCCUCUCAUUCCCAGCAAAGCCAGCAAGGCCACCAGAACCCCAGUAUGUCUAGCAGCUCUUCAUCGUCUCAAAAACACCUGCAUAACCAGCAACAGAGGUCGCCACAUGCUGGCAACAAUGUAAAUGGUGGCGGUGGAAGCUUGCAGGGCUUUCCCACCUCGAAAAACCAGCCUUCACAGCCAUUACAGCUGCAGCAGCGGCAACAUCUCUCUCAUCCAGCUCGCCAACUUGAGUCUGAGAUGGGCAGCGAAGAUAGCCCAUCAACUGCUGAUAGUCGUGUAUCGCGUCCAAGCAUGAGCAUUUAUGGCCAGAAUUUUGCAAUGCCAAUACACGCACCGAACUUUGCUUUGAUGACGCCUGCAUCGAUUGGGACAGCAGGUGGUGCAAAUUGUGCUGGUGGAAGUAAUGGUGAGAAGAAGCAACAGCAGCAGCAUGGCUCAAAAAGUGGAGUAGACCCGUCUCAAGCUUUUGCCAUGUCUUUUGCUUCCAUCAAUGGCGCUACCACUGCUCCUGGUCUUGACAUUUCAUCAUUAGCACAGCAGCAAGCAAUUUUCCCAGAUGUCAGGCAAGGCUAUCAAUACAUGGCCGCCGCAGCUGCCGCUGCACAAGCGGCGGCACAACAGAAGAAAAAUUAUCGUGGUCCCGAGGAUGGGAAAACUGGAGGCGAUUCCAAUAAUUUGGAAGAAGAAAGAAAGACAGUGAAGGGUUCAUCUGGUGUAGGGCAUUCUAUUGCUUUCUCCAGGCCUGAUUUGUCUGAUGCAUCUGGGUCUACGAUACCCGGAACCACAGUAGUUGAUAGUUCGGCGAGAACUCUUAAUCUCAGCUCCACUCAACAGCGACCUUCCGGUUCUGUCAUGCCUGCUGCCAUCAGCAGUGUAAAUGCUUCCAAUGCCCAGCAGCAACUGCAGCGGAAUCAGCAGCAGCAGCAGCAACAGAUGAUUCAGCUUCAGAAGCAACAACAGCAGCAACAACAGCAGCAACAACAGCAGCAGCUUGCAGCUGCAGCCAGAACAAAAAUGCCGCCGACAAGUAACGGCAAUGUUUAUGCCGAUCACCUUCCGUCAUCAAUGGCCGCUAAGUUCCCAAAUGCUCUAUCCACAUUCCAACAAAACCUCGUCCAUAGCAGUAGUAGUCCAGCUCAGUCUCCUCAGUGGAAGAACCCUGCGAGGUCAAACACUUCUCAAGUCCCUUCUCCAUCCAUGGCCUCAUCAACGUCAUCGUCCCUCAAAAAUCUCUCUCAACAGCAGGGCCGCUCGCAACAGACGCACACGCAAAUAUCUUUUUCAGCCAAUCCGAAACCGUCAUCACAAUCUCAAGGGUUACAGCCCGCAAGUAGCAACCAGUCCCCAUCUCCUCCUAUAAUGGUGGGGUCCCCCACGACUUCUUCCGUGUCAAAGAGUGCUGGUGGGAGCCCCAGGACAACUACUUCCACAUCCACAGGGAACAAAGUUGGCCAAGCCUCUUCAUUGUCAUCUCAGCAGGCCAAGAACUCGCCUUCAGUCCCCAGCAUGAAGUCAUCUCCGGUCGGUGGGAAAAAUGUCCCGUCGAUCCUAGGCAAUCCCCAUAUUACAUCUUCGAGUGCCGGGACUAAGGCUCAGUUACCACAACAGCAGCAGCAGUUAUCCAAGCAAUCACUGCAGCAAGCACAAUUGUUCUUCUCGUCUUACAUUCCUCAAAAUCCACAUUCAAAUAGCCCAACUGCGACUACAGCAGCAGCGUCGAGCACUUACUAUUCUCAUAGGCGUCGGCCUGAGCAACAGCAGCAGUCGCAGAGCACAUCUGGGACGUCCUCAAGUGGGAUGUUGUCGCUGUGCCCUUCCGUGACUUUAUCCAACACUAGCACGUCCGAUCCCGCCAAGGCGGCUGCCGCAGCCGCUGCCAGCAACAUGAAAGGCUUGCCGUCGCAGGCUCUUAUGCAUCCCGCGCAAUUUGCUGCUGCCGCUGCCGCCCAGUCCGGGAACCCUCAUCAGCUCUUGCCUGCUGGGUUCUCUUACGUUCAUGCUGUUCCCGCCGCGGUUCAGGUGAAACCAGCCGAGCAGAAACAACCUGCUGGAAAUGACAAUUUGCAUGACUUCUGGCAGCCUGAGAAGAAAUGAAGAAAUGAGAGAUUGCGCAUUUCUGAAGGAAAAACAGGAUCAAAGAGAAGGGAAAAUCGGAGCUUUUGAGAAGCCACAAUUUUGGCACUGGCAAAAAUAUCCUGUGGAAUGUGCUUUGGGAAACGUGUAUUUAUCUAUGUACACCUUUUGCGUUUAUAAUCUGACAGGGUUGAUGGGUGAAAGUCUAAUUGUAAUUUCAUUGGUACGAUGGGGAGAAGAGGAUGGGCAAGUUGGUCAAAAUGUUUUUUUGUUUGUGAAAGAUGUUGCAAGAAUGGUAGGAAAAAAAGAUGGAAGAGGGAGAGCAAAGACCCACCUUUCUUUCUUUUGGGGCUGUAACGGAGGUUUUCUUUUCUUUUCUUUUCUUUUUCUCCUUUUUCCUUUUUUCUCAAUUAUAAUUUUCGUUUUUUCCCCCCCUAUGGAGGUCUAAUUUUUCCUGAAAAGAAGCGGUUAAACAAUGAUCUUUUGACGUAUGUGUCUAUAUAUAUAUAUAUAUUAUAUGCAAUGGAGGGGGAAUGGUGUAUGUGUAUAUAUGUCUAGGCACAUAUAAAAGCAACCCUCUUCUCAA